AUGGCCCUGGACGCCAACGGGAUCUAUCAGAGCGAGCUCUUGAGGAGGAGGAGACUGUUGAUCCUGAUGGUGACUGCCAGGACCCCAGCGCAUCGUUUCUCACGCCGAUCGAUCUCUGGCAGAGUGAUGAGGAUAGGGGGUAAACCAGCGGUAUGGGAAGAGGGGGACGAAGGGGAGGCCUCAUGCGACUUGGUGGAAGAAUCCGAAUCGGAAUCUGACAUCUUCGAACAAGAUGGAAGCACGGAAAGACCUUGGGGGCCGAGAGCGUUCAAGUCCGUAACUCAGAUAUGUCUAGGUGGUGCAUUCUCGACAAGCGGAGUGUUCUCGAACGUCCGGCCGAGAAUCAAGAACAGAAACUCGUUCGCAUGGAUCGGGGAUAAGGGGGGAAUGCCCGUCGGACAUGGUGCUUCUGGAAGAUGCUUCGCAGCUUUUCGUGUAGACCGAGCGGGUCACGAAGGGAGGAAGAAGGGAGCGUGGUGUGUGGUAGGGAGCGAGUCGUUGAGUUUGGCGAGGCCCUUUAGCGGUAGGAGUUAUCUGCGAGUUUCGGAGCCUCCGGCUUGGGAUGCAGGCAGAGAAGCUCAAGUCUGA